CUGUGCGUUUCAAAUAAACCGGGUUGACCAUUUUGCUCGGGCGAUCACAUUUUGUUCCUCAAUUAGGUUUUUUUUUUAUUCUCAGAGUUGCAUUUGGGUCCAAUUCUCGGCACUUGCCACCGUCAAUCCUCUCUACAAAACACUUCCAUUCGGAGAAUCGCCAUAUGAUGUCCUUCUUGGAGCAUUUUCUUGGUGAUGGAAUACAAUUUCCAGUACUAAUUUUACAUUACAAAGCAUCUUUUUCAGGUCUGAUUCAUCAACCAAGUCUUUCGGUGGCAUAUCAAAUUACAUUAGAACUAACUAGACUGCAAAACAAGUCAUACUUAUUGACUCUAUUUGGCAAAAAUGACAGAAAUCCUUAGCUACACUGGUUCAAGACAGUUAUCUCAAAUGUUCCUUGCAAUUUUCUUCUUUCACAGUUCUGAAUUUUUUCUAGCAGCUGUCAUUCAUGGGAAAUCAAAUGUAACUCUGAAGUCUCUUUUGAUUAGCAAACACUAUGUUGUGGCAAUGAUCUUUUCGUUGCUGGAAUACAUCAUUGAGAUUGUUUUAGUACCCGAGCUAAAGGAACAGUGGGUGAUCAGUAAUUUGGGUCUGGCACUGGUUGUGAUUGGGGAAAUUAUAAGGAAGAUGGGAAUUUUAACAGCAGGGAAAGCCUUUACACAUCUUAUAAAGAUUUAUCACGAGGAUCAUCACCAGCUGAUCACUCAUGGUAUAUAUAGAUAUAUUCGACAUCCGGGGUACUGCGGUUUCCUCAUUUGGUCUAUUGGCACUCAAAUAAUGCUUUGCAAUCCUAUAUCAACCUUUGCAUUUGCAGCUGUUGUUUGGCGCUUUUUUGCUCAGCGCAUACCUUAUGAGGAAUACUUUUUGAGGCAGUUUUUUGGAGCACAGUAUGAGGAGUAUGCCCAACGAGUUGGGUCAGGGGUGCCAUUUGUGAAAUGAAGACCGAUCAAUUCACUGAGCUAAGCCAUGUCCUGCUACAUCUAUUCCAAAGUAAUCAAGGAAGUUCGAACUAUUUUUCUCUUGAACAGUUUUGAUCUGUGCUUCACAUUGCUGGAGGUAUAAAGUGCGUGCUUGCUUUCAGCCUGUGGCUAUACCAACACAUCAUUUCAUUAUUAUGCAGCGGUGCUUGUGUGGAGCCAUCUGAAAAAAAAGGAAAAAAAAAUGCAGGGUUGAAUUAGACGGUGAUCAGUAUUAGGUUUCAUUGUCUGGACCAGAUUGUUACAUUUUAUUCAUGGGGCUUCUAGCAAGUCUAAUGGUUUCACCGCCAAUGUUUCUGGGAUGCUCUGAACAGGCAUGCUCAAACAAGUAAAAUUUAGCUCAGCUACUAUUUAACUAGGAUUCUGUUCUGCUUUUGGCGAUGUAUCUUGCUUCAACAUUUGCACUCUUGUAACCUUUCAUCAACUUGCCGGAACAAAAAUACUGAAAUUCGAGAAAUAAAGUGUCACCACAAUGAACAACAGAUUGCAUAUAAA